CAUCUCCGUUUCCUCGUCAGACUCAUCUCCGUCUCCAAAAUCCCCGUGAUUCACGAGAAAUGGUGGCGUCUUUGAGAUUACCCUCUCUAGCCCACCUCUUCUCCUCGCCCUCUAGCGCCGCUAAUUCUAAUAUUUCUGGCCGGUCACCGGUGACUCUCCGGCGUCGAUUCCACGGGCUUUUUCUCCGGCCGUGGCCACUCGCUGCUGGCUUCGCCGCCCAAAGCCCGGCUGCGGAGACCCAAGGCGGAAUAGAUAGCUUGAAGAACCGAGUCCCUGAUCAAGUUAUCACGCCCAGGUCACAGGAUUUCAAUGCUUGGUACCUCGAUGUGAUAGCCAACGCCGAGCUAGCUGAUUAUGGCCCAGUUCGCGGGACAAUGGUCAUUCGGCCUUAUGGCUACGCAAUAUGGGAAUCGAUCCAGGAGUAUUUGAAUGUGAAGUUCAAGGAGACUGGACAUAGUAACAUGUAUUUUCCACAGUUUAUUCCAUACUCAUUUAUAGAGAAAGAAGCUAGUCAUGUUGAGGGUUUUAGCCCAGAGUUAGCACUAGUGACAAUUGGUGGAGGGAAGGAACUUGAAGAAAAACUCGUGGUUCGACCAACAAGUGAAACUAUUGUAAACCACAUGUUUACUCAGUGGAUUCAUAGUUACCGUGAUCUCCCUCUUCUGAUUAACCAGUGGGCAAAUGUCACAAGAUGGGAGAUGCGAACUAAGCCCUUCGUGAGGACUCUGGAAUUUCUUUGGCAAGAGGGCCACACUGCUCAUGCAACUCCUGUAGAGGCAGAAAAUGAGGCUAGACAGAUGAUUGACAUCUAUACCAGAUUUGCUUAUGAGCAAGCUGCAAUACCUGUUAUUGCAGGUCGAAAAUCUAAAGUGGAAACAUUUGCUGGUGCCUAUAAGACUUACACAAUUGAAGCCAUGAUGGGUGACCAGAAAGCAUUACAGGCAGGAACCAGCCACAACCUUGGGCAAAAUUUCUCCCGUGCCUUCGGAACACAGUGCAGCUUUACAAAAUGUAAAUUUGUGCAGUUCACAGAUGAAAAUGGACAAAGGCAGCAUGUUUGGCAAACAUCAUGGGCGAUCAGUACCCGUUUUGUUGGAGGUAUCAUCAUGACUCAUGGUGAUGAUGCAGGCCUAAUGCUUCCCCCAAAGCUUGCACCAACACAGGUGGUGAUAGUACCCAUCUGGAAGAAGGAUGAUGAGAAAAUGGCUGUUCUCAAUGCAGCAUCGUCUGUAGAAGCAGUUCUUCAUUCUGCUGGGAUUAAAGUUAAGCUUGAUGACUCAGAGCAAAGAACCCCAGGAUGGAAAUUCAAUUUCUGGGAGAUGAAGGGAGUUCCUCUGAGAAUUGAAAUUGGUCCUCGUGAUUUGUCUAGUGGAAGUGUGGUGAUAUCGAGGAGAGAUGUUCCUGGGAAGCAAGGUAAAGCAUUUGGAAUCUCUGUGGAGCCUUCAAUUUUGGAGGCUUACGUUAAGGAUAAGUUGAACGAGAUCCAGUCCUCUCUAUUGGAAAAGGCAAUUGCAUUUCGAGACAGUAAUAUCGUGGAUGUGAACUCAUAUGAUGAUCUUAAAGUUGCAAUAUCUGAAGGCAAAUGGGCAAGAGGCCCUUGGUCUGCGAGUGAUGAAGAUGAGAUUAAAGUCAAAGAAGAAACAGGAGCAACUAUCAGGUGCUUUCCUUUUGAACAACCAGAAGGGGAUAAGAAAUGCUUGAUGACUGGAAAUCCUGCUAAGGAAGUAGCCAUUUUUGCCAAAUCAUACUGAUUCUGCAGCUACAAGCUUUGCUUUUUCUUUGAAAUUCUCAAAUCACAUGUUCUGGCAGUUGAACUUCUUUGUGAAUGUUUUGGUAAUAUUUUGGCGAGUCAAAUCAUGUUGAGUAACUUAGUUAAGUUAGUUCAAAGCAUAUAAUUGUUGAUUUGAUAAAACUUUAAAGCAUAUAAUCUGCUGAUUUGUUGUAACUUUUUUUAAUUUUUUUUUUUUAAAUUUAGAAAGAUGAUUGGGUUUAUGCCCUGAGCAAGAAAGCAUAUUGUAGUUGAAUAUCUUCCCAUGGACCCUGGUUAAAAUAGCAGUGAUGCAUGCCCUCAUGGAGUGGGUAAAUGAAAUCAGAAAUUAUAUUUCA